AUGUAUUAUAUCACAAAUUCAACCACAGAAGUGAACUGUCACGGAGAACCUAUUGAAAAUUUGAGCACCAAACUCAACCGCACACAGAGUUGUGUUAAUUCAAUUACAGUUCUUGAAACCGGUGAAAGGAAAGUAGAAAGUGGAAGAAGAAGGGGAGUGAAGAAGGAGAAAAGGAAGGAGAAAGAAAAAAGGGAGUACGGAGUAAGGGAGAAAGUGAGAGAAGAGGAAAGGGAUUGGCUGAAAACGAAAACAGAAGAAGAGAGAAGGGAGGGAAAAGAGGUGGAUCAAGGGGAAAAAGAGGAGGAAAUAUCUAAAAAAUGUCAGAUGUUGGAGAGAACUUCAACCAAAGAAAAAGGAAUAGAAUUAAGAAAAAGAAAAGAAGGAAGAGAAAAAAAUGAGUGGGAGGUAGCAAUUAAGGAAAUGAUAGAGAAAGAGGUGAUGGCGAUUCUUAGGGAGGAAGUGAAGGUAGCUCUAAAGGAAGAAAUAAGAGAUCUGAUGGAUAGUCUGGAAGAAAGUAAGAGAGAUUUCGAAAGGAAGAGGAAAGGAAUAAUGGAGGAAGUGUGGAAGCUAAGAGAGGAGAUAAAGAACGAGACAGAAAAGAUGGCCCAAGAAAAGAAAAGGAUGAAAAAGCAGAUAAAAGAAAUAACUAGGAGGGAAAAGAAGUUAGUAUGUGUAGAGAAAACAGUGAAAAAGUUAGAAGUGAACAAAGAUAAAGAAGGGAAUAGAAUAGCAGAGGAAGGAGACUUAUGCAGAAGAUUAAGAGAAAUGGAAAUCAAGUGGGAGAAGAAAAGCAGAAGCGAAAGGAAAAGAAAUAUAAUUAUUAAGGGUAUUAAGAUAAAAGAAGGAGGGAAUGGAAGGGAAGAAGCAGAGCAGAUAUUGAAAGAGAUUGGAAGUAAUGCAGUUAUAGAAGAGAUAAGAAAGGGAGAAAGGGAAGAAGGAGGAGGGGAAUGGUGCAUAGUGAAGAUAAAAACAAUGCAGCAGAAAAGAGAUGUGAUGGAAAGGAAAAAGAUAUUGGUAGGAAGGAAAGAAAGAAUAGAGGACGACAUGACGUGGGAGGAAAGAAAAAUAAAAUGGAGAAUAAGACAAAUAGUAGAGCAGGAAAGAAGGAAAGGAAAGAAAGUGGUGGAAGGGUAUAUGAAAAUAUGGAUAGGAGGGGAAGGAUGGGUAUGGGAUGAAAAAAAGGAGGUUCUAAGGAAUAGGAAGGGACAAAGAGGAAAGACUGUCAUAGAGAAAAGAGAAGGUAUAGAAAGAAUGGAAAUACAGGAAAGAGUAGAUUCGGACCAUUUGCCAACAAUAAUAACGUUGACAAAGGGAAGGGGAAGGAAGGAAAGGGAAGGGGAAGGGAGGAAAAGGAGAAAAAGAAGACAUUGGAAUGAGGAGAAGAGGAAAGAAUUCAGAAUAGAGAUGGAAAAGAAGGAAAUAGGGGCAGUGAUAAUGUGGAAGAAAGGAUAA